AUCACGGAAGCACAUGGUGACCAGUGUGGAAUCAUAUCAUCUGAAAGCAGCUGGAUAUUUACACAUUUUAUUUAACUCUAACCUCCGGAUUUAAACUUUGUUGUUUUCACGUCCUGCUUUAGUUUAUCUGCGUGCGGUGAACACGUGUGACUUCUACAAUGGUUCGAGCUAAAAGGAUUAUAAAGCCGCCGAGAAUCAAAAAGACUGAGCGAUUCGGUGAAGAUGAUCCUGAAGCCUACAAGAACAUGCCUGUCCCUGAUAAGAAAUCGUCUCAGUACACAAAGGACAAGAUCGAUGAGUUUCACGAUGAGAAGAUCGCAAAACUUCUCGCCCUUGGGACUCAGAUGGGGAGUGAUUCGGAGGAAAUAGACGAUGAGGAGGAGGUGAUGGCCCUGGAUGAUUCUGAGUCAGAGGAGGAGGAGGAAGAAGAGGAAGAGGGGACAGACAUGGACAGUGAUUUAGAGGCGAGAAAAGAUGAUGGUAAACACAAAGUUCUCUGUUUAUAUACUCAAGAGUUUGGUGUAUUUGGUGGUACAAGCCUGUUUAACUAUAAUUAUGUUUUGUUUUUUUCAGACCUUCCAAAUGAAAUGGCAUGGGGCAAAAAGAAAAAGAUCUUCUACAACUCGGAUUAUACAAUCACCAAAGGGAAAUCAAAUGAAGAUUUGGAAGCUGAUGAACAAGAGGAAGAAGAAGAGGCUAAAAAUAUCCAAAACCGACUGGCUGCAAAUCUGAGCGAGGAGGAUUAUGAUUUAAACUUUUUUCAGGAAUUUGCUGACGAGAAUAAGGAUGAAAAGAAAACCGUUGAAAAAGAGGAGAAAAUAGUGAAGGACCUGAAGCAGAUGUCUCAGAAGGAAAAAUUGAAACUUCUGAAGAAAGACUCGCCAGAGCUGCUUGAACUUAUUGAGGACUUCAAGUCAAAGCUCACUGAACUCACAGAUGAGCUGCAGCCCCUCAUGCAGAUGGUCAAGGAGGGAAAGAUCCCACCAGGAAAGGGUGCUAACUACAUCAAGACAAAACAGCAACUUUAUCUCAAUUACUGCACAAACAUCAGUUUCUACUUGGUGCUGAAAGCUAAACGAGUCCCUGCUCAUAACCAUCCUGUGAUUGAGAGACUGCUCACCUACAGAAAUCUCAUCAAUGAGCUGGGAGAAGUGGAUGCUCGGCUCGCACCACAGUUUCACAAGCUUCUAGCUGGUGAGGACAAAGGGCCAGCAGAGGGCAAGAAGACCAGAGUCUCCAGUAAGAAGGAGAAGGGUUCCAGAGAAACUAUGGCUGAGGUCGAGGAGGACUCUGACUCCGACCUGGACGAUGAAGCAGCUUUGCGUUUCUACAGAGAGGUGGAGGAGCGGUUGAAAUUGAAGAGAAAGAGCAAAAACCCAGAAGAUGAAGAAGAGUUGGCGGAAGAUAAGCAGGAGAUGGAAGCGCUGGAUCCAGAUGCUAAGAGAGGAAUCACUUACCAGAUGGCCAAGAACAAGGGGCUCACACCCAAGAGGAAGAAGAUUGACCGUAAUCCCCGAGUCAAGCACAGAGAGAAGUUCAGACGGGCUAAGAUCCGCAGAAAGGGACAGGUCCGUGAGGUUCGUCGGGAGGAGACGAGGUACAGUGGAGAGAUGUCUGGUAUUCGUGCUGGUGUCAAGAAGGGCACCAAACUUAAGUAACCAAGAGGGAAUCGAACAUAUGCUGCAAAGCGUAGCCAUGGGAUUGAAAAAAUGUCAAUGGAUUGUACAGAAUAUCUCUGAAUCAUUCUGUCAGUCACCGUUGUUGAAAGUAUAUCAAAAUGAGCAAUUUCAAUAAACAUUUUAUAAACUGUCAA